CUGGCUCGGCUCGGCUCGGCUCGGCGGCGCCUGCACCAUGGCGGAGGACAGCGAGUCUGCGGGCAGUCAGCAGAGUCUGGAGCUGGACGACCACGACACCUGCGGCAUCGACGGAGACAACGAGGAGGAGAAUGAGCAGACGCACAGAAGUCCUGGAGGGGAUACUGGGGCCAGAAAGAAAAAGAAAAAACAGAAAAAGAAGAAGGAAAAGCCCAGUUCUGCCAGCACCAAAUCAGACUCUGCUUCAGAUUCACAAGAAAUCAAAGUACAACAGCCUCCUUCAAAAAAUCCCUCGGUACCAAUGCAAAAAUUACAGGACAUUCAAAGAGCCAUGGAAUUGCUCACAGCAUGUCAAGGCCCUGCGAAGAAUCUGGAGGAGGCAAGUCAACACAGAUACCACUUCUGGGAUACACAACCGGUACCCAAACUUAAUGAAGUGGUGACAACUCAUGGUUCUAUUGAACCAGAUAAGGAGAAUAUCCGUCAAGAGCCAUAUACUUUGCCUCAGGGCUUCAUGUGGGAUACUCUGGAUAUGGGUAGUUCUGAGGAGUUAAAAGAACUGUACACGCUGUUAAAUGAAAAUUAUGUGGAAGAUGAUGACAAUAUGUUUAGAUUUGAUUACUCGCCUCAGUUUUUGCAGUGGGCUCUUCGUCCUCCAGGCUGGUUACCACAGUGGCACUGUGGAGUCCGUGUAUCUUCAAACAGAAAAUUAGUGGGGUUUAUUAGCGCCAUUCCAGCCAAUGUCCGUAUUUAUGAAAUUGAAAAGAAGAUGGUAGAGAUUAAUUUUCUUUGCGUACACAAGAAGCUGAGGUCGAAACGUGUUGCACCUGUUUUAAUCCGUGAAAUUACACGAAGGGUGAAUUUGGAAGGGAUCUUCCAGGCAGUGUACACGGCAGGAGUGGUUCUUCCAAAGCCUGUAGCUACAUGCAGGUACUGGCAUCGAUCUCUGAACCCCAGGAAGUUGGUAGAAGUGAAGUUCUCUCAUCUCAGCAGAAAUAUGACUUUACAGAGAACCAUGAAGCUCUACAGAUUACCUGAUACCCCCAAGACAGCGGGUUUAAGGCCAAUGGAACAAAAGGAUGUGAAAAGUGUACAAGAGCUGCUCUUUAAUUACCUAAAGCAGUUUGAACUUUCUCCUGUGAUGAAUGAUGUAGAGGUGAUCCACUGGUUAAUGCCUCGUGAAAACAUUAUUGACACUUACGUGGUAGAGGGUUCUGAAGGUGUUCUGACGGAUUUUGUAAGCUUCUACACAUUACCUUCCACAGUUAUGCAUCAUCCUAUUCAUAAGAAUCUCAAGGCUGCCUAUUCUUUUUAUAAUGUUCACACUGAGACUCCACUCAGUGACCUUAUGAAUGAUGCACUAAUAAUUGCAAAAUCGAAAGGAUUUGAUGUGUUGAAUGCACUUGAUUUAAUGGAAAACAAAACAUUCCUAGAAAAACUAAAGUUUGGCAUAGGUGAUGGAAAUUUACAAUACUAUUUGUACAAUUGGCGAUGCCCAGAUAUGGAGCCUGAAAAGGUUGGUCUAGUGCUGCAGUAGAACAUUCUACUCUCUCUGUGGAAGCCUCUUCAUAGAAUGCCAAUGCCAUGCCUUUGAUCAGUGACAAAAGUCUACCAGGUGAACACAGAAUUCAAUAAAAGGAGCUGGUAGUUUCAACCAAGUUUUGCUUUCAACAGAAUGGAGACUAUUGAUUCUUUUUAGGACUUGAUUUUACUGUGCAGUGGUGUUGCAUAAUUCCAUGGUGUUUUGUUGGGAGUUUAAACCUUUAAGAAGUUUAUCUGAUAACCAUUUGCCAUCUGAAUGACAAUUCUCACGAAUAACUGAGGAUUUUGUAUGCACUUUGUUUUAUUAAAUUCCAGAGGCAGAUCUGCAAUUAGAUUUUCAUAAUGAACUUGUUGCUGCUGCUAAAGAUAGUAAGGAACAGAAAGAGGGGUUCUUUUGCAGAAUGACAGCUAAGUAUUUUGUACAAAUGAAGUGCGCAAUAGUAAAUUGUGAAGAAAAUUGUUACUAUUGUACGUGGCAGGUGUUCUUGUACUGCCAGACAUUUCUAUUUAUUGACCAGUGUUUUUUUAAUUGUUCACAAUGGGGACGCUGAAGAACCAUGGUAUGAACUGACUUACUUUUACUCGGUUGCAUCAAGUUUGCAAGACGGGGUGAGAUUUGUUGAAUUAAUGCAAUUUCCAGCAAAACAAAUGAAUCAGAAGGUGCCCCAUGCUAUUCUGUAUGCACCCUCAAUGUUGACAGUGCAAUUUGGCUGCUCGUAGUGUUCAUGGCUUACUUGUGAAAGAGGCUGCAUUCCCACAAUUUUUUUUAUUGUACAGCUGAGACAAGGUUUGUCACUUAGUUUUUAAGCUUUUUUAGAUGCCACCUGGUGUGGCCCAAUAAUAGUGGUAAAAAUGCUUGUUUUACAAUUCCGAGGGCAGAGGUUGAGUCCAAGAACUGUGACGUUUCAGCUAUACGCCUGGGCCGCAACUCAUUUUUAGGUCUCUGGCAAGCCAAUACAUAAAUAGCUGAGUUGGUGGUAGAUGAAUAAAACAGCAGCCGAGGAACGCUGCUCCGAGAGGAUUUAAUAUCAAAAUGAAUCAUGAUUGAUUAGCAUCUUCCUCCAGCCAAGCCAUUGAUCUUUGGUUACAUAUGAAAACUUGGGUAUUUUUUCUCCCCAAAAACCUGGAUAUUGAGUCAGGUGUAUGUGUGUUUUUUUAAAACUGCUCCUGUAGGUAACUGACAGACUAAAUCAAAGGGAAAUCAUUUUUUAAAAGAAAAAACUGAAAGCUUUGUUCUAUGUUGUGUUUUCCACAAAUUAUGUUACGAGGAAGGGAUAGGGCCUUGUUUGAGCAUGUUUAGCUGUUUAACAGCUUAAAACUUUGCCUGGAGAAAUGACAGGUUGCAUAUAGUUUACUUUUAUUGUUAUGCAUGCUUCACUGAAAAGGCCCCACACUAGAAAAUGUGUGCAAGAAACUAUCCAUUCCUCAAUCAGUUCUCAAGAGGUCAAACAUGGUUUAUAUGUUGCCAGACGAAGAAUGUACUUUUUCAUUUCAGUAAUGUUUUCAGUUCACCAGCAUGACUGUUUGAUGUCUAAAUUAAUAAACAAAUUAUUUCAACUUUGUUAGAA